UCCUUCGUGAUUCUAGUACCGAGCCCGAGUAGAGCCUCAGCGGGACGCUUUCAGUCAUGACUGAAAUCGAAUAGGAAAGGCGCGUGCUUAUGAAAUCACAGAAGAAAGAAUGUCUGCAUAUAUGGUUUCCAAUCAUCAAGUUUGUUCUCUUGUUUUCCGAUCUUCCAGUUCUGCUUGAGACAGAAGCAGAACCUCAUGUGAAGCGUCGGAGUGUGUUGUUUUGUUUUUUUUCGCAGUUGUUGUGGCUUUGCACGUUUCAGGUCGUCGAUAGCAAUGAUAGCAAUGAUCCAUGUUGGUGGUGACUUUGUGCUGAGGUGCUUAGCUGUCGGGCCCGGCUGCGUUGUUCUCGGUGGUGGACAUUGGACCUCCAAAUUGAGGUUGCGUUCCGUCUCUUUCGAAUGAUGU